AUCACCAUUUGCUCUCGCGAUCAGAGAUCUCUUCAAACCCUAAUACGCAGGUAACCAAGAAAGAGAGGAUCCGGAUACAUCAACAAAUCGCCAUGGAUUACUCUGCUCGAAGAAACCAAGGAGGCCUCUUCGAAGGUCUAUACAGAGUGAUCAUGCGCCGUAAUUCGGUCUAUGUCACCUUCAUCAUCGCUGGUGCUUUUAUUGGUGAACGGGUCGUGGAUUACGGUGUUCAUAAACUCUGGGAAUACAAUAAUGUUGGGAAACGAUACGAAGACAUUCCAGUUUUGGGGCAGAGGCAGUCAGAAGAAUGAUUGAUCAAUUUUCUCUGUUCUUCUGGCCAUUUUGACUUUCCAUAUUGAGAUGUUGGAGAAAACAUUUGUGUAGUAGAUAGUAAAUUUCAUUUCUCACAAUAAUUGUUCGAAUACAUCAGACUUGCUUGCUUUUGAGCACGGGAUUGUUGAAAAAUAUUUGCGUUUCUCAAACAUGAGAGCUUCAUAUGGCUUGGCUACAAUUAUUUGUCUAUCAUUCCCUUUUACUU